AUGGUAAAAGCGUACGUACAUGAUAAUAAUAAUAGUGUGGAUGCCAGAGAGGCUCACGAUACCGGUGUCCCUGUCACAUUGGAAAGACUUGAAAAAUUAGGUGUCAUCUACAAAUAUCUCGAGACUCAGCCUGAUGUAGAAUCACUAGCUAAGGAGAGGAACUACAAGAAUCAAGAUACUGUGAAUAUUCAACUAAGUACAUUUGGUAAUGAUGAAAAUUUAUUUCAGAAGAAACUUGCAAUUUUCUAUGAGGAACAUUUACAUGAUGAUGAAGAAAUAAGAUAUUGUUUGGAAGGUACAGGAUAUUUCGAUAUUCGUGAUAGUCAUAAUAAUGAAUGGAUAAGAUGCAAAGUGGAUCCUGGUGAUUUACUAAUUGUUCCUGCUGGGAUCUAUCACAGAUUUGCAUUAGAUAUAACUAAUUAUAUCAAAGCGUUAAGAUUGUUUAAGGAUGAGCCUAAAUGGGAAGCAAUCAAUAAGUCAUCAAGUGCAGACGAAUCUUCAACACGUAAAGCAUACCUUCAAUCAAUUGUGUGA